AUGCUGCUGGGUCAACCGGUUACGCACACCGAAAACGGAUGGCAACCAGACGGACCGUUGACACCCUGGGCGUGCAAGAUUUGCGAAUCGGCUUAUAUGGAAGAGGGCGAGCAAAAAGCGAUGCUCUACGGUUGCUGCCAGCAGCUGACGUGCACCGAUUGCUACUACUCUCAAAGAUUCCGUCACGAGGAUGAUUGUCAGGGAGUACCGAUCAUCCAAAGGGAAGGAGACUACCAGCGAGUGAUCCAAGCGUAUCAAGAAGCCGUUCGUUCCCAGGCCAUGGAAGAAGAGGAUUACGAGUGUGCUGAUGAGGGGCUUGACGGCCCUUUGCUGGCAGCGCCGGACGAAGCCGGAAACCUUCCGGAAGGUGACGAAGGAGCGAGUAACGCUAAAAAGCGCAGACUAACGAUGGCAGAAGUCGUCAAGCAAUGUCAAAACGCUAAAGCCGUCGCGAUGCGCAUCAAAGCUUUUGAUUGCAUCGCUUGUGGUGGAGCAUUCGAUGUUGAUCCAAACGGUGCGAAGGCGCCAGUGUAUACCGAAGGUUCGCUGAAAUGCCGGAUGUGCCUGCCCGGCCCAACAUAUCUUUGGGCUGGAAGG